CAGCCACCUCCUUUGGCAGUAGCUGAUAAAUAUGAGCAUUAAUAAUUUCCAAGAUAGCCUAUUAAUUUUUUAGUUAACCCUAAGCUUUAAAGUAAAGUAGAACCAUCAUUAUUUUAAGUACCUUCAUCAAUUUUAUAAGGUGAUCCAUAUAAAGAUUCUUAUAAAGCUAAAUAUAUAAAAGACAAAGAAAGGGUAUCUACUAUUCCUCAUUAAUAGCCUUUUAAAAAUACUGAUAAUCAUAAGACAAUAAUUGGUAGUUAAUAUGAACAUAUGAAGGAUUAUAAUGAUAAAAUCUAUAAUAAAAGAGAUGAAAAUGGAAAUAUUAUUACAGGCCCAAAAAAUUUUUUAACUAAUCCUACAAAAUAAGGAUAAGGAAAUACAACUAUUGGUCAUUUAUUUAAUCAUGUUAAUUAUGAAAACGACCCAUAUAAUAGAGAAAAAGAAAUGGACAAAAAUGAAAGAGCUAUUCAUAAAAGUAAAAUCUUAGAUUUGAAAAAGCCUUUUAUCAACUCGAAACAUGGCUAAGGAAUAUUUAAUCCCGAUAGAAUCGUUUAUGGUUUAGAUAGACCAAUAACUGAAGGGAUAAAAAGAACAUAUAAUUAUCCAGGUGUUUAACAUCCUAAGGCUUUUAAAAAUGCAGAUAUCCCUAAAAAAGGAUACAACAAAACUAUUCAAAAAUUUCCUUUUUAUUCAGAAGAAGGAGAUGUUCCAAGGGCUUGGAAAAAAACAAUACCUUCUAUGACAUAAAGAGCUUGGAUUUUCCAUACAAGAGGGACACUUUCCAAACCCUGCCCUUCAAUUGUUAGUAUGAGUUUAAAUAAAAAUAAAAUUAGCCAAUUUAGAAGAUGA